GCUCAACAGAAGACGAAACUGCUGCUACUUGAGUAAUCACGAUACUGUACAGGUGUCAAAUGAACCGAACUACCUCCAUAACCAAAAUAAAGAUUGGGAUGUCUCAUCCAGCUCGCCGGUAGUCCACAUAACACAACACGUUCAUUUUGCAAUCAACUCCAUAGCCGUCAUGGAAACUGAUACGGCGACAGGCUUCUCCAUCGUGAAGAGUCCUCGUGGGGACACCCCUCAUCCCCGUACCAAUCUCCUGGCCCCGCAUCAUCCUAUCGACAAUGCCAACCUCCUCUCCAAGGCCAUCUUUGGGUGGGCCAACACCCUCCUUCGGGAAGGCAACCGACGCCAACUCAGCUCCGAAGACUUGUGGCCACUCCAGGAAUCUAACAAGGCGGCGCCCCUGGCCUCCAAAUACGCCUCUGUCUACGUCACCCACGACAACAGCCUCCUGCGCACGUUCUUCGCGAUCUACUGGGUCAAACUCGUUGCCGUUGCACUCAUGCAACUGUUCAGUGUGGCGUGCGACCUUUACGGACCUGCCUACGUGCUUCCGAAAGUGGUGCGGGCCGUGCAACAGCCAGUAUUUGACGCCACCUCCACGUCGCUGCUGGUGUUGUCGCUCUACGGCAUUCAAGUCCUAAGUGCCUUCAUGAAAGCGCACAUGAACUUCAUAAACAGACUGAUCGGUAUCCAGCUCGGCUCGAGUGUGCGGUCGAUGUUGUUUGAGAAAGCGCUCAAGCUGAAUGCCAAGUCCAAGAAGGAAAAGUCCACGGGGGACAUCACCAACUUGUUCUCUACCGAUGUGACCAACCUCCUGCAGUUUGCGACCAACAUGAAUCUCAUUUGGAUCGUGCCGGUGCAGAUUGCCGUCGUGCUCUACUUGUUGUACUUGCUCGUGGGGUGGUCCGUCUUUGUGGGUCUCGCGGUGGUGGUUGUGAUUCUCGCGUUGAACGCUGUGGUGGCCAUCUUCCUGGGAAAAGAGCAAGAUCACUUGUACAAAGCCAAGGACAACCGCAUGAAAGUCGUCAACGAAGUGUUUGGGGCUAUCCAGAUCGUCAAGUUCAACGCGUGGGAAGAGAAGUUCGUCGCCAAGCUCACCGAGUUGCGUCUCGUGGAAAUCGUGUCCAUUUGGAAGUUCUUUCGGUACUACAUAGUGCUCAUGGUCUUUUUGUUCAGCACCCCUGUCUUGGUCACGAUCACCAUCUUUGCCACGUUUACGUUGUGGAUGGGCCAGUCGCUGACGGUUGCGAUCGUAUUUUCGACUCUGUCGCUGUUCAUGUCCCUGCAAGAAGCCCUCUUUGGUCUCCCGGUGGUCGUCAUGUCUACUGUUCAGUGCUUUGUGUCUGUAAAGCGCAUCAACGCUGUGCUGCUUAUGGAUGAAUGCAACCCGUCGGACGUUCAGACACCGGCCUCCAACGCCGCGCUCAAGGCCAAGUACGCCACCGACCGCACGGUGCUGGCCAUUGACCAAGGCUCAUUUGGCUGGCACACUGUCGCAUCGGACAACAAGGACAGCGCCACUGACAAGAAAUUAGUGGACGCUAUCGCCCUGGAAUCUAAUGCCAAGGACAACAACGCUGCCUCUGUCUUCUUUGCCGACGUCAAUUUGACGAUCCAGCAAGGCCAAUUCGUAGUCCUCCAUGGCGCCGUGGGCCAAGGCAAGUCGUCAUUAUGUGCAGCGCUUCUCGGAGAAAUGCGCAAACUGGCUGGGACGGUGUUCGUGGGGGGCGACGUCGCGUACUUUGCCCAGCAGCCGUGGAUUCAGAACGCCACCAUCCGAGACAACAUCCUCUUUGGAAAGCCGUUCGACGCAGCCAAGUACGCCAACGUUGUGGAAGCGUGCGCGUUGACCAAGGACAUGGCAGGGUUGCCUGCUGGGGACCGCACGGAAAUCGGCCAGAAGGGCGUCAACUUGUCGGGGGGACAGAAGGCGCGCGUGAGCUUGGCCCGCGCGUGCUACAGCGACGCCGACAUCUUUGUGCUGGACUCGCCCUUAUCCGCCGUGGACGCCAUCGUGCAGAACGAGAUCUUCACCAAGUGUUUCCUCGGCCUGCUGCGAUACAAAACCAUCCUCUUGGUCACCCAUAGCCACGACAUCAUCCAGUCCCCCCACGUUCAUCGCACAUUCCUCGUCCAAGACGGAGCCGUCACCGAGUCCACGCCGCCUCGCAACCGCACCAACUCGCCCAAGCCAGUCUCAUCUGUCACCCCCUUGCCUCCCCCCACGGCCUACUGGGCGGUGGAUAGCCAGGAUAUUCUCGACGACUUGGUCGUCAAGCCUGACAACAACGACGACAGCCAUGACAAAACUCUGCUGAACACGACGGAGGAACAAUCGGGAACCCUCGUGGUGGAAGAAGGGCGUGCCGAAGGUCGCGUGUCCAAGGCCGUCGUGGUUGAGUACAUCCGGGCGUUCGGAGGCUGGGGUUCCAUGGCUGUGAUGCUGUUUCUGACGCUAAUUGUCGAAGUCGUCAAGGUCAGUGGCGACAUGUGGCUGUCCCACUGGUCCAAUCAAAGCACGACGCUGUCCCCAGAGGCCUUUCGAGCCAACACGAACCAGAACAUGCUUAUCUACGGCAUUCUCGUCAUAGGUGGUUUCCUCGCGACGUUGGUACAACUCGCGUCCGUGCUGAUGUAUGGCUUGCGCGGCGCGAAGAAGCUGUUUUGGGAAAUGUUGCACAGUGUGUCGGAAGCCCCCAUGUCAUUCUUCGACACCAACCCCAUCGGCCGCGUUCUCAAUCGGUUCGGCGACGACAUCACUCAAGUGGACAUGGUCAUUCCGCUCAUGUUUGCACCCCUGCUCGCAGAAACAGCCACUGCGAUCACCAAGAUUGUCACGACCAUCGUUAUCACCCAGUGGAUGGGACUGAUCGUGUUGCCACUCGUAGCUUUGUACUACUUAUUGGGUUCGUUCUACUUGUCCCCGUUGCGGGAAGUGAACCGCAUCGAGAAGACGACGCGGUCACCGCUGUUCAGUUUGGUCAGCGAAGGCAUCGACGGCUCCACGACCAUCCGAGCUUUUGGUCCAAAGUACCUCCGUCGCUUCAACCGUCUACACGACGACCUCCUGGAAGCAUAUGUGGCUGCUCGUUUCGUCAUCGUGACUUCGAAUGAGUGGUUUGCGUUGCGUGUGCAGCUCAUCGGUUGCUCGAUCGUGUUUGGGCUUUUGAUGGGGGUUGUGGUCAUGCACGACGCCAUCAGUGCAGGGCUCAUUGGGCUCGUGAUUACGUAUGGUUUGAGCAUUCCUGCCAACUUGGCAGAGUUGGUCGGCGCCUGGGCUCGGAUGGAGACGGCGCUGAUCGCCCCUGAGCGACUGCACGAGUACAUCGGGCUGACCAAAGAAGGCGAGCGACACACGCCAUUGGACGAAGCGUCGACGCCGUGGCCGUCCCAAGGCCAAGUGCAGUUUGACAAUGUGAGCUACCGCUACAAACCCACGGACCCCCUCGUGUUGAAAGACGUGAGUUUCACAGUCAAUGGGGGCGAAAAGGUGGGCAUCGUCGGACGGACGGGCGCGGGCAAGUCCAGCUUGAUGAUGUCGUUGUUCCGCAUGAACGACGUCGCGGCCGGCCACAUCCGCAUCGACGGCAUCGACAUCGCCGACAUUGGCCUGCACAACCUGCGCAGCCACUUGGCCAUCAUCCCCCAGAACCCCGUCCUGUUCAAAGGCACACUGCGCAACUACUUGGACCCGUUCGACGAGUACGACGACGACCAGCUGUGGCUCGCGUUGCAAAAGGUGCAGCUGGCUGGUCGCAUCGGCGCCGACUCGGACAAGCUGCUGGGACCCGUGGAAGAAAACGGAGAGAACUUUAGCGUGGGCGAGCGCCAGAUGCUGUGCAUGGCCCGCGCCUUGUUGCGCCAGGCCAAGAUCGUCAUCCUGGACGAAGCCACGGCAGCCAUCGACCACGACACCGACCAGCUCCUGCAGCAGGUCGUGCGCUCCGAGUUUGCGUCGUCCACGGUGCUCACCAUCGCCCAUCGCCUCGACACGGUGCUGGACUGCGACCGCAUCCUCGUGUUUGACCAAGGUCAAUUGGUCCAGAACGACACACCCGCAGCGCUGGUUCACGCUGGCACAGGCAUCUUCUUUGAACUCGUCACCGAAGGCGGGUAUAGCUUGGACAAGCAGUAGCUAUAAUAUAAAUAAACACAAGCCGUAUUUACAGUGAA